UGUUGUCUUCAUAUUAACUAAAAAAAAAUUAAAAUAAUGCGGCUAUAGCCACUCCAGGAGAAGCUGAACUUGAAAAGAUAUCUUGCUCAGAUCCAAAACCACAACAAGGAGAAGAGAGCGCCAUGUCUGGUCCCUCGAGCUGCAGCAUUUACAUCGGUAAUUUAGACGAGCGAGUUAGCGACAGGGUUUUGUAUGACAUUCUAAUUCAAGCAGGCCGUGUCGUGGAUCUACACAUUCCUCGAGAUAGAGAAACUGAUAAGCCCAAAGGCUAUGCUUUUGCCGAAUAUGAAACUGAAGAAAUUGCCGAUUAUGCUGUCAAGCUAUUCUCCGGCCUUGUCACUCUCUACAAUCGCACCUUGAAAUUCGCGAUAUCUGGACAGGAUAAACUUGCGCAAAAUAAUUUCAAUGGGGCUGUGCCUGCUCCCAAUUCUUCUAACAGACAAAGGCCAUCUCACCCUGUACCGAUUAAUAAUUUAGAAAUCCCUAAUUAUUCCAUGAGGUUGUCGGCACCUAGCAGGGUUUCAGCUUACCCUGCAAAUGAUUCUCUAGCUCCUCCUGGUGUAACAAACCUUUCUAAUGGAUAUGGUUCAAAUUCCAAUGGCAACAGUAAUGAUAGUGAUCGAAGACUUUUUGGGUCUGCAGUCAAUGCCAUUAGCCGUUCUAGGUCUCGUUGGGAGCUAGAGAAUCUGUCGCCAUCUACAAUUGCUGGAUAAGGCCAAGAAACAAACAGAAAUUGUGGUUGCUCAAAGGAGUUUGGCAUGUAUGGACUAGGCAGCUUUGGCGUGCUGCUUUUGGGAAAAUCCUUUUGGACAUGGGAAGUAUUGUGGAUGUGUUAACAAUUCCCAUACAUAUAUAGCAUUUGAUUAAUUUCACUGGGAAUAUGCACGUUGGCCCAAAACAAUUCUAUUCCUCAGAGACUCGGGGGCGCUGACGACAAUGCAAAUGAGGAUUUUCUUGCUUGCUGAAAUAAAGAUGCUUCGGUGGUCCACGUUUCAUAACUGGUCAUUGUAAUUCUGCUCCAAGCCUCCAACUCGCAGCUGUGCUUCCAUAUGUAGAUUUGACCUCCAUAGUAAAGGUUUGUGAGUGAAACUGUCCACAUUUUCCAGGGGAGAUCUUUUACUCGCAGGAAAUCUGAAGCUAAAAGAAUUUAUAAGAUCUAUAAUGGAAGAAUUUCAAAAAUAUGUUGAAAUGAAAAUUAAGAAGACUAAGAGCGGAGAACAAAGCCAUAUAGAGAUCUCGUUCUGUUCAUUUCCUGUUGCUCCAAGAAGAAACACGGAAGUGUACAGAAUACAAUUUUCUCGGGAUGAAUGUUAUUCGUAACAUGAUAGAUCUAAAUUUUAUGGCAGCAUCCUCUUGGUUUC